AUGUGUACUGUUUACAAUAACCCAUCCUUCCAACUAACUCCUCCGACUUAUCUGGAGUCCCACUCUGAUAGACUUAUUACCCCCGCUCCAUAUUCCAUCCCUGUUCCAACCACCCUCUCUCAGUCUCAGGCACCCUACACAGCUGCCCUAUCACCGGCAUCCUAUCCUCAAUCCUCCACAAACCCUCCUCCAACUUUCUACCCCUCCCCAGAUUCCAGCCACAACUCUCCUGGUUCUCCACCUACCACUACAUCCCUCUUAGAACUGAGGAGCUAUCCUGAGCCGAGUCUUUCAACCAGCACCGGUACCUACCCACAGGGGGACACUCCGCAACACAACUUCUACGAGUACAUGUACUCUUCAUUCCCUAACUACCAGUACCAGAAUCCUAGCAUCUACACUGAUAACAGUGUCCCUGAUACGGAUAGUUACCCCAGUGUCGCACCAUACUACUCCCACCCCUCCUACCAUCCUUACAGCUACUCGAACAGAGCCCCUUCCCAUUCCAACAUCUACACAGAGAGAACUACUGCCUCCUCCACCGCCCACUCUCUGCUGCAAACCUCCCAGAGCUCCGCGACAACCAUCCAGCACCCAGCUGACUCCUCUACGGACCUCUACCCUUCCUCGACAGUCAUGUCACCUGAAGCAAGUGAUAAUACUAACAGUCCCAAAUACCCUCCUGUACUUGUGAAAGGUGGCGGUAAAAUCAGAGCUAAACCGGUGAAACGGACAGAAUUCUCCGCUGCAGACCUCAGGAUCCUUGAAGGACACUUUGCGGUAUCAGACUUUGCCAGAGGACCACGUCGGGACGAUAUUGCUAGACAGUUGAACGUGAGACCUAGAUCUAUCACCAUUUGGUUCCAGAACAGACGAGCUAAGCUGAGGGCCAGGACCCAACAACUGGAUCUGUUGAAGAAGGCGGCAGAGACUGGGGUUGUUCAGGACAUCGAGAAGAUUUCUGAUUUCAGAUAG